AUCGUGGUUUGUUUUCCCAGUUUAUCAACAUUUAUCUGUAACCUACAUUUUCGAGAAAUAAACUUAGGAUAUAAUGGUGACCCUGCCAGAAAGCAUUAUGAAAAGGAAACGAAUGUAUAUAGCCGGCCUGGCCGGUCUAGGCCUGAUAAUUUUGGUAUCGAUCUACAAAUGUGGAAGGGACGAGGAACGGCAGGCAGAGGUUCGGAAAUGUUUCUUCUGCGAUUUCGCCCACCGCCGCCAAGGCCCUCCUCCGGUCUUGGAGGUGGAAACGGAUGAGUAUGUGAUCUUCAAGGACAAGUACCCUGCAGCCCAACACCAUUACCUGGCCAUUCCCAAGGAGCACUUCGACAGCUUGAAGUCGCUCAACAGAUCUCACGUCGGAUUGGUGCAACGUAUGGAGGCGGGAAUGAGGGAGUUCCUGAAAUCGAAGAAUGUCGAUCCCCAGGAGGCAGUCAUCGGGUUCCACUUGCCCCCCUUCAUAUCAGUUCGCCACCUCCAUUUGCACGGCAUUUACCCGCCCUCCGAAAUGAGCAUCGGUAACAAGAUCAGCUUUAUGUCUUCGUUCUGGUUCAAAAAGUCCGAGGACGCAAUACGUGAGUUGGAGGACCGGGAACUGUGAAGAGGGUUAAGGUAUAGGAAUGAAUCCAUACCUGUGGUGCAAUACCUUAAAUUAGGAGUUAUUUCCAGUCUGCGACUGAUCCCCAGUGAUAAGGAACCUCAGGUCCCUAGUGAAGGACUGUACAAAUUUACAAAAUUAAUAACGAUUUAAUAAAUGUUUACAAUUUAUUAUUAUAACAUAAGAAA